CGGAAAUACAGAUUGUUUUCGUCUUAUCGGGGAGGACUGUCUUUUCCCCUGUAAAGAAAUGGCAGGUCUUGAAAGUGAGGACAACCAAAGAAGGACAGCUGGAAGUUCUGGCCCCGAAACCGAAGCUGACCCGCAGACCCCGGUAUUGCGCAUCAGCCAGCUGGAUGCCCUCGAGCUAGACUCCGCCCUAGAGCAGCUGGUAUGGACCCAGUUCUCCCAGUGCUUCCAGAACUUCCGCCCCGGCCUACUCACCCCGCUGGAGCCUGAACUGAGGGCUCUGCUCCAUUUGCUCCUGUGGAGGUUUACACUUUAUUCCAGCAGUGCCACAGUGGGCCAGUCUUUACUGAGCCUGCGCUACCACAACGUCCUGUCCUCGUCUCCUCGGUACAGACCUCUGUCUCGCAAGCAGAAGCUGGGUCUGGCCCUGCUCACUGCAGGUCCACGCUGGCUUCAGGAGCGCUCCCACAGCCUGCUGCUGUGCUUGGGAUCAGGGGGGCCUGUGUCCGAAAGAGACGGUGGUUUACUCCAGCAGAGUCUCCGCAAGUGCCUCACCCUUGUGUCUAGUAUCAUGCAGCUGGCAAGCCUCUUUAACUUCCUCGUGUUCCUAAGGAAAGGUCGCCAUCCUGUCCUGGCUGAAAGGAUUGUCGGAGCUCGGGCGGCUUUCAGCAAGCCCAACGUGGUCCGGGACGUAACCUACCAGUACAUGAACCGCGAGCUGCUGUGGCACGGCUUUGCCGAGUUCCUCAUCUUUCUGCUACCUCUGAUCAAUACAAGGAAACUGAAGGCGACGGUGCUUUCAGUUGUUUUAGGGGGUGGAAGCGCCGAUGGGGAGGGAGCGACGGAAGGGCAAGGGGUGUGGAAAGAGUGUGGACUGUGCGGAGAGUGGCCGACCAUGCCUCACACGGCAGGCUGCCAACAUGUUUUCUGCUACUACUGCAUCAAGAGCCACAGCAUCGCAGACCCUUACCUCACCUGCCCCAAAUGUGGCGCAGAGGCAGGGCAGCCGGAGCCGGUCAAGAUGGAGGUUGAGAUGAUUGGCAGGUGACGAUGAGAAGAAGCUCAGUUUAUUUUGUAAUUGCAGGGAUUUAUUGAAAUUAAAGUGGUGGUUAUAUCUUUAUAGCCCUAACCCUAAAAAAAGACAAUGGUUUAAUAGUCCCCAUUAAGUCAUGAGUUAGUCUAUGACUUGACUCCAGUCUUCAUGAUGUCUGUGUCUUUUCUGAACACACAUAGACCUGCUAUGUUUAAUAUAUGUGAGCAUAUAUUGACAAUCCUCUGCCCCUUCCCCGUUUCUCCGGCUGGACUUUGGACAGAACUAUUUGUCUUUGGUGCACUGGACAGACUACAGAGAACCACACAGAGCAUAUAUUUGAUGAGUGAACGUGUUGAUUUAUGCUCCAAAUUGGCUGUGUGUUAGCACGUGUAUGCGUGUGUGUAUGUGUGUGUGUGUGUUUGUUGAAAUGGGAAUAUUUGUUCUGAUGAAAAAUGCAGAAAGUCAGCUGAAUAAAUAAUGGGAGGAAUUUCUGAUGCCUCUCAUCAUGGCCAAAUUA